AUGCUGUCUACGACUCUGAUCAAAAGCAACACAGUUGCAAAAUAUGUGUUUAACACUUACAGCACAGUUGCAGUGCUGACAUACUGGUUCGUCAUCUCCCUUCAAAAGGUCAGCAAGGACAUAACCAGAGAAUGCCCGCAAGGUUCCAUCUGUGGGCCUCUACUCUGGAACAUAGCAUUUAAUGCCUUUCUCGAUAAAGUCAACAACUCAAAUGUCAUUGCGUAUGCUGACGACGUGUUGAUUCUUCUGGGUGGCCGCUCAAGAGCCGAUCUUGAACUUAAGGGCAACCACCUACUAAACGACAUUUUCAAUUGGGGCCCCCGUCUUAAGCUUCAUUUCAAUCCUAAUAAAACCAAGGCCAUCGUUUUUAACAAGUCUGGACAACUGAACUUAUACCUACGUGUUCCCCAUAUUAAAAUGAAUAACACAACUAUAAAAGUAGGAAAGACACUCAAGUACCUGGGUGUCACCCUUGAUUUCCGGCUAUCCUGGGAUCAACACAUAGAUUAUAUCGCCAACCGGACGAGGUUGAUCUUCCAGGCUUUUUCUCAGGUGGCUAAAAAUAAGUGGGGUCCAUCUUCUAAUGCAAUGAAUGCAGUCUAUGACUGCAUAUACCUUUCCAUUGUCACCUACGCAUGCGGCACCUGGGGCUGGGCCGUGCGUAACGUCCACCCAAAGAGAAAAUUAAUUUCCUCUCAACGUCGUGCACUACUUAACAUCACUAAAGCCUUCCGCACCGCCCCCAACAGGAGUAUCCAGGUUAUUGCCAGAAAGCCCCCUAUCGACUUAACCAUUCUUCAACAUCGUAAGUUUCAUCUUAUUCAGCGUGGUGAAUAUAUUGACAGUCCUCAAUACCCUAACAUUCCUCACUGUGACAGACUUGAAAAACCAUACCCUUUCCACCAUACUCUGUGCCCAGGCCAUGAUAAUACCAUCCACACCAACAACUCCCUUCUUACCAACAUCAAUAUCUAUACUGAUGGUUCCAAGAACACCAACACUGUUGGAUGUAGCUUUGUGGUUUACGUUAAUAAUCAGGAAUCUUUCUUCCAAUGCUAUUGUCUUCAUAAUAAUUGCACAAUUUUUCAAGCUGAGCUGCUUGCCAUUAAAAUGGCAGUCAGCUGGACCAAUGACAAUCUAACCGCAACAUGUGCACACAUUCACACCGAUUCCCUCUCGGCCUCUCAGAUCAUUGACAGUAACAAUCUUCACCCACUAGCGACAGAAAUCAGGAAUCUUAUAAACAUGGCCAGCAACAAUUUCAUCAUUUCCUGGGUUCGUGCACACCAGGGCAACAUUGGAAAUGAAAAGGCAGAUGCCCUUGCUAAACGGGCAGCUGGGGACUCAACACUUCCUAUUAUUUACAGCAAACUCAGCAGACAAACUCUUCGUCAUAUCCUCUGGGAGGAAACUUUGCAGCAGUGGCAAACUUUAUGGAUUAACAAUAACAACAGUAUUACCUUUCAGUUCAUCCCAGAUCUCAAACACUUUUCACCCUUUACUGGUUCAUCCCUAACUACUAUUCUACCCAACUCCUCACUAAUCAUGGGAAGUUUGCAAGCUACCUUUCCAGGUUUACCAACAGGGACUCUCAUCUCUGCCCUACUUGUCAAAAAAGGACGGCACUUUGCACUACAUUUUUGA